AUGAGCGACGAUCCGUGGAGCCGGAGUCGUCUCCAUGCUGUCAAAAACACAGAGUCGGCAGAGAGCAGCCAGGCCGAGGCAGGCGAAAUCCUGGACGAUGAGCCUGGGGCUCAAGAGAUUCCAAACGAUGACGAUGGCGAUGACGAUGGCGAUGAGGAUGACGAUGAGGAUGAGGAUGAGGAUGAGGAUGAGGAUGAGGAUGAGGAUGAGGAUGAGGACGAAGGCGAGCAGCUUCUUUGGGAUGAAGAGUCGAUACCGCCAAACCUGCGAAAGUACUGGAUCCAGCGGCACUCGCUGUUCUCCAAGUUCGACGAGGGCAUUCUUCUUGACCAAGAGAGCUGGUAUUCAGUAACUCCCGAGCGAAUUGCUCGGCACAUCGCCGACCGAGUUCGCGUCGGCACCAUUGUCGAUGGCUUUUGCGGGGCUGGCGGGAAUGCAAUUCAGUUUGCCUUCACAUGCGACAAAGUGUUUGCGAUUGAUAUCGAUCCAAUCAAGCUCGAGUGCGCCAGGAACAACGCGCGGAUAUAUGGCGUCGAGGACAAGAUUGAGUUCAUCCAAGGGAACUUUAUGGAAGUUGGCCCGACUCUCAAAGCCGAUGCGGUGUUCCUGUCGCCGCCAUGGGGAGGGCCAAAGUACCUUAGAUCCAAGGUGUUUCAUCUUGCCAAUCUCCCGAUAUCUAGGCAAGUGCUGCAUCAAAUGAUACAGGCGGCACGCGAAAUCUCUCACAACCUUGUGCUGUUCAUGCCCCGCAAUGUCGAUCCUGACGAGGCAAGUGAUACGCUACGACUGACUGAACUUGCAGGACCGGGAUACAUUUGCGAGCUGGAAGAGAACGUCCUGAACGGGCGCACGAAGAGCAUCACCGGAUACUACGGCAGCCUCGUCGAUGUUGACGCCGUGAACGAAGCUGACGACGAGGACGGGUAUUUCCCCGACGACUGGGCCGAAGGACACUAA